GCAGCUUUUCAUUUGUUUUGUGUCUGAACUCUGAACUCUCAAAACAGUGAUUUUGAAAUUUAAAUAAACACAAACUCUGCAUUUGCAUUUGCAUUUGGAGUCUCUUGUGUUUCAACACCAACGCUUCUUCAUUACUUCUUUCUUUAAAGAACCAUCAACGCCAACAACAACCAUUUGCCACAAUGCUUAUUGAUUCUCAAUCCACAACAAAGACCUCAUUUUGAUUUUGAUUUUUUGUUUUUGUUCUGAUUUUCUUUAAACCCACAAAAACAAAGCUAAAGCUUUCAUAAAGCUAUUGUACUUUCUCUCACAUCACACUCUAAACUCAUUUUCUCUCUCUUUCCAAACCCAUUGGACUGUUUCUGACUUCAUCCUCAGAGAUCUUUCUCUCUCUUCAACCUUUUUCAGACACAAUUUGUUGUUGCUACUCUCUUGGUGGCGUUCUAAAGGUUUCCAUUUUGUCAUGCAGAACAGUUUCAGAUAUCCAGAAAGUAAAAUGACCAUGGAUAUGCCGUCAUCAAUGGGAAGCAGAUCUUCCUUUGGCUCUAACAAUGGCAAUGAGGAUACACCUGUUCACCCCUAUGCUAAUGUCUCUAAUGGUGAUGACUAUGACAGUGAUAGCUCCAAUUUUGCUCCACACACACCAUCAACUAUGUCAAUGGCUAUUCCAGCAGAACUUGCUGGAGCUGUACCCUUAAUUGACAAAUUCCAGGUGGACGGAUUUCUGAAAUUAAUGCAGAAACAAAUCCAUUCUGCUGGGAAACGUGGAUUUUUCUCUAAAAAAUCUGUAGGUCCUCAAACUCGAGAGAAGUUUACAUUUGAGGACAUGCUUUGUUUCCAAAAGGAUCCAAUACCAACAUCAUUGCUCAAGAUAAAUAGUGAUUUAGUUAGCCGGGCAACAAAACUUUUCCAGAUUAUUCUGAAAUACAUGGGAGUUGAUUCGUCUGAUCGUGUAACUCCAAUAAGCUUAGAUGAACGAGUUGAGCUUGUUACUAAGCUAUAUAAGCAAAGUUUGAAGCGUUCAGAACUUCGAGAUGAACUUUUUGUUCAGAUAUCAAAACAAACAAGAAAUAACCCUGAGAGGCAAUACUUGAUUAAAGCAUGGGAGCUCAUGUAUUUAUGUGCAUCUUCCAUGCCUCCUAGUAAAGAUAUAGGGGGUUAUUUGUCGGAAUAUGUCCAUAACGUAGCACAUGGUGCAGCUACUGAUUCUGAGAUCCAAGCUCUUGCAUUAAAUACAUUAAAUGCUUUGAAGCGCUCUGUCAAGGCUGGUCCUAGGAACAUAACACCCGGUCGUGAGGAGAUUGAAGCUUUGAUGACCGGGAGAAAGCUUACGACCAUAGUGUUCUUCUUGGAUGAAACUUUUGAAGAAAUUACAUAUGACAUGUCAACAACAGUUGCUGAUGCUGUUGAGGAACUUGCAGGGCUUAUUAAACUGUCAACUUAUUCGACCUUUAGUCUGUUUGAAUGUCACAAGGUCGUUACCGGCUCCAAAUCAUCCGACCCUGGGAAUGAGGAGUAUGUCGGCCUUGAUGAUAACAAAUAUAUUGGGGAUCUCUUGGCGGAAUUUAAAGCAGCAAAGGAUCGAAGUAAGGGAGAAAUAUUGCACUGCAAACUGAUAUUCAAGAAAAAGUUAUUCCGUGAGUCGGACGAAGCAGUGACGGAUCCAAUGUUUGUGCAGUUGUCUUAUGUUCAGUUGCAGCAUGAUUAUAUUUUGGGCAAUUAUCCUAUUGGGAAGGAUGAUGCUGCUCAGCUUUCUGCAUUACAAAUCUUGGCUGAGAUUGGAUUUCUGAGCUCACCUGAAGCAUGCACUGACUGGAAUUCACUUUUGGAGCGAUUCCUUCCACGACAAAUUGCAAUGACACGAGCAAAACGGGAAUGGGAGAUGGACAUUCUUUCUCGUUAUCAUUCACUGGAGCAUCUCAACAAAGAUGAUGCAAGACAACAAUUUCUACGUAUAUUGAGAGCACUUCCUUAUGGAAAUUCUGUUUUCUUCAAUGUUCGCAAGAUUGAUGAUCCUAUUGGACUCUUGCCUGGACGAAUAAUAUUAGGAAUUAACAAAAGAGGGAUUCAUUUUUUCCGUCCAGUUCCAAAGGAAUAUUUGCACUCCGCUGAGUUGAGAGACAUAAUGCAAUUUGGAAGCAGUAAUACCGCAGUAUUUUUUAAAAUGCGAGUUGCUGGUGUUCUUCACAUAUUCCAGUUUGAAACCAAGCAGGGGGAAGAAAUUUGUGUAGCACUUCAAACACAUAUAAAUGAUGUAAUGCUGCGCCGCUAUUCAAAAGCACGGUCUGCUGCUACUGGUUCUUUGAAUGGGGAUAUUUCUAAUAAUUUUAAGCCUCCUAACUUGGAGUUGUAUGAGAAGCGUGUUAAAGAUUUAUCAAAGCUAGCUGAAGAAUCGCAAAAAAAUGUUGAUCAAUUGUAUCAAGAAUUGCAUGAAAAGCAAAAACAAGAAAAGACGAUGCAAGAAGAAUUGGAGGGCUUGAAAGAAUCCUUAAAUGCUGAUCGGAAAAAUCUCGAGGAAGUUUCGAAUGAUCGUGAUAGACUUAGAUCAUUAUGCAGUGAAAAAGAUAAGGCACUUCAGGCUGCAAUUCUUGAGAAAAAGAACAUGGAAGCAAAGAUGGCCAAAUUGAAUAAUCUAGUAGUAGAGAAUGCUGCCAAAAAGGAACUCAUUGGAACAAAUAAUCAAGUCUCACAAAAGCUUGAAAGUGAACUAAAACUUUGUAAAGAGGAGUUGCAAGCAGCUGAAGAAACUAUCAAAAGCUUAACGGAUGAAAAAGUGAUUUUGGCAGAGAAACUAUCUGUGCUUGAGAAGAGAAGUUCUGAAGAGAUUACGUCUCUUCAACGGAAACUUGAGCAAGAACGCAAGCUUACAAAGUCUCAAGUGUUUGAGCUUGAAAAGAAGCUAGAAGGGCUUAGACAAGAAUUAGUGCUUGCAAAGUCUAAUAUUUCAGUAAAGGACUCUGAGUUGGCUGCUUUGCAAAAUAAUUUGAAGGAAUUAGAAGAAUUGAGAGAAUUGAAAGAGGACAUUGAUAGAAAGAACGAACAAACGGCUGCUAUAUUGAAGAUGCAAGGGGCUCAACUAGUUGAAAUGGAAGCGCUUUAUAAGGAAGAACAAGUUUUAAGGAAACGUUAUUAUAAUACAAUAGAAGAUAUGAAAGGCAAAAUUAGAGUUUAUUGUCGGCUAAGACCUCUUAGCGAAAAGGAGAUUGCCGAGAAAGAAACACAAGCGCUUGCUGUGGUGGAUGAGUUUUCGGUCGAGCAUAUGUGGAAAGAAGAUAAGCCAAAGCAGUAUGUAUAUGACCGUGUGUUUGAUGGUGGUGCAAGUCAAGAGAGUGUAUUUGAUGAUACAAAGUAUUUGGUGCAAUCUGCUGUGGAUGGAUAUAAUGUCUGUAUAUUUGCUUAUGGUCAAACCGGUUCUGGAAAGACAUUUACCAUCUAUGGAAGUGAAAACAACCCCGGACUUACCCCUCGUGCAACUGCCGAGCUUUUUAGAAUUUUAAGGAGAGAUAAUAGCAAGUAUGCCUUUUCGUUAAAGGCAUACAUGGUAGAAUUAUAUCAAGAUACCCUUAUAGAUCUUUUGUUACCUAAGAAUGCAAAACAUUCAAAGUUGGAGAUCAAGAAAGACUCAACGGGUAUGGUGGCUGUGGAAAAUGUAACAGUUCGGCCAAUUUCUAAAAUAGAAGAUUUGAAUAAUAUAAUACAAAGAGGAUCCGACCGGCGCCAUACAUCGGGUACACAAAUGAAUGAAGAAAGUUCAAGAUCUCAUCUCAUUCUAUCAGUUGUCAUUGAGAGUACCAACCUUCAAAGUCAAGCAGUUGCAAGGGGAAAGUUGAGUUUUGUGGAUCUUGCUGGUUCAGAAAGGGUGAAGAAAUCGGGUUCAGUAGGUAGCCAACUCAAGGAAGCUCAAAGCAUUAACAAAUCGUUAUCAGCACUUGGGGAUGUGAUUAGUGCUUUGUCUAAUGGUGGUCAACACAUUCCUUAUAGGAAUCACAAAUUAACUAUGUUAAUGAGUGAUUCCCUUGGUGGUAAUGCUAAAACUCUCAUGUUUGUAAAUGUUUCUCCAGUAGCAUCAAACUUAGACGAGACGCAUAACUCGCUUAUGUAUGCAUCGCGAGUGAGGUCAAUAGUGAAUGAUCCUAGCAAGAAUGUUUCUUCGAAAGAGAUAGCACGACUGAAGAAGUUGGUUGCUUACUGGAAAGAGCAGGCUGGUAGAAGAACCGAGGAGGAAGAAUUGGAAGAAAUUCAAGAAGAAAGACCAAUUAAAGACAGGACAAGCUGGUAAAAGGUUUGAGCAUGAAGUUCUCAGUAUAUACUCAAGAAUGUUAAACCAAAUUGGAAGAACAUGUUGGAUAUAGUCAUAUGGUCUAUUUUCUUUUCGGAUUGUUGUAUAAUCUUACAAUUAUUAAACAUGUUGGAAAGAUUUGUAAUUUUGUAGAGUGAUCUAACUGUAUAGCUUAAUGAUGGUAUGUAUAUAUUAAUCCUUUUGACUCAUGCACAUAUACAUAUGUUAAAUACUUAUUUUAAAAAAUGUGCAAGGCUUUCUCUUUCUGGACAGAAAUGUGCAAAG